GCGCUUCAACUAACUCUCUCUCUCUCUCUCUUCUCGUUCCUCAUCCUAAUCGACCAGCUUGACAUCGUCCUACGUGGGACUUUCUUAUUUAAGAACAAACAUCCCCUCCCUCUCUCUCUCUCCAAUGUCACGAGGAGUGGAUCAUGGCCAAACUUGCUCCUCCGCGGCUUUAACGGCCACCGACUCUUUGCUUUCUCUCGUCAUCCUCCAUUUUCUUUAAUUUGUUUUCCAAGUCAACUUCUCCCUUUUCGAAAUUUCAUUCCUUUAUUUUUUGGGGUUAAUAAUAUGUUCCGAAUAUCCUUUUAGCAGGAGUCAGACAUCCAUCCUCUUGCACAGAGGGGGCAGUCUUGUUGAUUUGCCUCGCCAUUAUUGAAAUAUUCUUAUAGGGUCAUUGGCCUCAGUCGCUUCAGGGGUCGUUUUCUGAGAUUUGCACUUCCAUAUUGCAAUCCUUCUGACCAUUUUCUUGAUAUCGUUGCUGUAUCAAGAGGUCCUUUUCUUAGCGGUCCUGGCGCUGCUGAAGGCCAAAACCGGGCCAAUUUUGCGGGGAGUCAAAGAUCGGUAUUAGGAACGUGGAUUGUCUUGGCAGAAUAUGAGUUCCUAUAUUAUUUGUAUUAUGGGAAGAUUAAUAAUUUGAUCGAACUUUUGUCGGGUUUGCCUCAAAAUUUGAUCUUUCUAUCUGGGUGUCGUUAAUUCUUGAUCCUUAGGGCUUCUUGGUUGCCUGAAUAUGGAUGUUGAGAAAGCUGAGUAUGUCGGGGGCGUGGAGACGCCUGAGAAACUGGGGAAGGAGGAGGAGACGGGAGGUUUGAACUCGAAAGUGAAGGAGGGUGUUGGAAAUAAGAGUAGCAAAGAUAUGUAUGUCAGGGCUGAUAAGUUUGACAUAAAGAGCUUGGACAUACAGCUUGAGAAGCACUUGAGUCGGGUUUGGUCGAGGAACAUCGAGAAGCAAAGGCCCAAGGAAGAGUGGGAGAUUGAUUUGUCGAAGCUGGAGAUCGCCAGUGUCUUAGCUCACGGAACCUAUGGAAUUGUUUACAAGGGCACUUAUGAUAACCAAGCUGUUGCAGUGAAGUUGUUGGACUGGGGUGAGGAUGGAAUUGCCACAUCAGCUGAAACCGCUGCCCUGCGGGCAUCAUUUCGGCAAGAGGUUGCUGUUUGGCACAAGCUCGACCAUCCUAACGUCACAAAAUUUAUCGGAGCUUCAAUGGGAACUUCAAGCCUCAAAAUUCCAUCGAAAAACUCUACAAGCGAUGCUAACCAUUCUGUCCCAUCUACAGCAUGUUGCGUGGUCGUCGAGUAUCUUCCUGGUGGGUCACUGAAAAAUUUCCUCAUAAGGAAUAGGCGAAAGAAGCUCUCGUACAAGACGGUUAUCGAGCUUGCACUUGAUCUCUCUAGAGGUUUGAGCUACCUUCAUUCCAAGAAGAUUGUGCAUCGUGACGUUAAAACAGAGAACAUGCUGUUAGACUCUCAGAGAAGAAUGAAAAUUGCUGAUUUUGGAGUUGCACGUGUCGAAGCUCAAAAUCCGAGGGACAUGACUGGGGAGACGGGGACGCUGGGUUACAUGGCUCCAGAGGUUCUUGUUGGAAAGCCUUACAGCAGAAGCUGUGAUGUCUAUAGCUUCGGUAUUUGCUUGUGGGAAAUCUACUGCUGUGACAUGCCUUAUCCCGAUCUGAGUUUUGCAGAUGUGUCAUCAGCGGUUGUCCGUCAGAAUCUUCGACCUGAGAUUCCUCGAUGUUGCCCCAGUUCCCUGGCAAAUGUCAUGAGGAAAUGCUGGGAUGGGAACCCUGAGAAGCGCCCAGAAAUGGAAGAGGUAGUUCGGAUGCUGCAGGCGAUUGAUAUCAGCAAGGGCAGAGGAAUGACCCCCGAUGAUGAGGCUCCUCCAGGAUGCUUCUGCUUUGCUCCUACCCGUGGUUCAUGAAACCACCCGCCAUUAGCCAGUGACCAAUCUUAGUCUGUUGAUUGUCGUCAGUUUAUAUUUCAUGUUUUACUGGUGGAGGAAGGGAGAUGAGCAAUUUGGUGAUUCGGGUUGGAUGUUAUUCCGGUAAUAAUUUUUUUUUUGGGUAAUAAUUCAUGGUUCAUGUAAUUCGAUUCAGGUCGACAAAGUCUGCAACACGAUUUCUUGAAUCGUGCUACUCAAAUUCACUCUCCAGCUGCUUGCAUAUGAUCUUUUCCUUUCUUCUUUUUAAUUUGAAGAUGUUAAAGUUCAAUGAUGGUUAUUUGUAAGCAACAUUUGACAUAUUGGAAAAAGAGUUGGUUAUUCACGA